AGAAAGAACAAAACUAACAAUGGACUGCGAUGACUCUCCGCCGACGCCGCCGUCGACGCCAGCUGAGCCGUCGGCCGCGGCUCUGACUCCCAUUGGAACGAUGACGGCGACGUGCAGUCGAGCCAGCAAUUUCCUUCUUAAGCUAACUGCUAUCGGCACCAAGCGACACUUAGCAGCGCUAACUUGGCCAGAACAGAAGCUCAGCGGAUCUCGAGUUUCCAAUUACCAAUUCCAAUUUCGGGAUCCAAGGAUUAACCCAACUCGCUGCCUCGAAGUCCGUACUGUAUUUGUAUCUGUAUCUGUAUCUGCAUCUGCCUGUGAGUCGGGCUGA